UAAAGGGAAGACGACUGGAUGUAGAAAAGGAGGACAACACAGGAAUGAAGUACCUCGCCACUCCUCAGAAUAAAUCCCUAUUAGAUAUGGAAGUCGCCAACUACUGUGACUGUCUGGAUCCCUCAUACAGCACACUGGGCUUUGACAAUGCUGAGGUACUUUAUGGAGAGAGCAUGCCAACCGAAGCGAGCCUACCCGGUCCGGACGGGGCCAACACCAACUGUGCCAUCUGUGGAGACAAAGCCACGGGGAAACAUUAUGGCGCCUCCAGCUGCGAUGGCUGUAAAGGCUUCUUCAGGCGCUCCAUACGCAAGAGCCACAUCUACACCUGCAGGUUCAGCAGACAGUGCAUCGUUGACAAAGAUAAGAGGAACCAGUGUCGCUUCUGCAGACUCAACAAAUGCUUCAGAGCUGGCAUGAAAAAAGAAGCCGUGCAAAACGAAAGAGAUCGAAUCAGCUCCAGAAGAAGUAUGUCUGACUCUCAAGACAUACCGCCCAUCACCGUUUUGGCCCAAGCUGAAUCCCUAUCCCAACAGAUAAGUGUUCCGGUUGGAAUAGCAGACAUAACAAAGCAGAAAACAGCCACAGUUGGAGAUGUGUGUGAAUCAAUGAGACAGCAAUUGCUGGUGUUGGUGGAAUGGGCAAAAUACAUCCCUUCUUUUGGAGAGCUACUACUGGAUGACCAGGUAAGCUUGCUCAGGGCUCAUGCAGGCGAGCACCUCCUACUAGGAGUGGCCAAAAGGUCAAUGCCAUUCAAGGACUUCCUGCUUCUAGGUAAUGGCUGUGUGAUACACAGGAACAGUCCAGAGCCGGAGAUGUGCAGGGUAGCAAACCGAGUUCUGGAUGAGCUGGUACUGCCUUUCCAGGAUAUUCAAAUGGAUGACACAGAGUACGCAGCACUCAAGGCCAUUGUCUUCUUUGACCCUGAUGCAAAAUCUUUGCGGGACCCUUCAAAGAUCAAAGCAACGCGUCUGCGGGUCCAGAUGAGUCUGGAAGACUAUAUCAAUGACCGCCAGUAUGACUCGCGGGGUCGUUUUGGGGAGCUGUUACUCCUUCUGCCCACCUUGCAGAGCAUCACCUGGCAGAUGAUUGAGCAACUCCAGUUCAUCAAGCUGUGUGGUUUGGCCAAGAUAGACAACUUGCUGCACGAGAUGCUGCUGGGAGGCUUGACAUCCGAACCCACGCAUUUGCACCAUCCAGCACACAGCCAGCUGACCCAGGACCCGGCCACUGGACACACACUACUCAUCAGCACCAUGCCUAUAACACACAUGCCACAGAUAUCCUCUCCAGACACUCCCAUCCCUUCACCUCCUCAGGGUCAAGCACCAGAGAUGUACAAACACUUUCCUCAGCCUAGUUGUCCUCCAACCAGUCCUUCACCCUCAGCACAGGCAGACCACUGAUCCAGGAUCUGUGUCCUAUAC